AUGCCUAAUAAAAAAUCGCUUAUAAUAACUGCCUUUAUAACUGGAGGGACAGCUGAGUGGAGGCAUCCAGAGGAUGAAUCUAGGAACUAUAGUAGAGAUAUAGACACAUGGAUUAAUACUGCUAAGCUUUUAGAAAAAGGUAAGGUCUAUGCAUUAUUCGUUGCUGAUCAUCUUACGUUAUUUGAUACUUAUAAAGGACCCCAUAAUUAUGAAUUUGCUGUCAAGACUGGAAUUAACGUACCAAAAGCCGACCCAAGCCACGCUGUUAUAUCUGCCGCCAGAGAAACCAAUACGAUAUCUUUUGGAAUAACCUUUAGUACGGUAAGUGAACAUCCGUACUUAUUUUCCAGAAGAUUAGCUACUUUAGAUCAUUUCACUCAAGGUAGGGUUGGUUGGAAUAUAGUUACCUCUUAUUUAGAUAGUAUUGGAACGCAGUUGUUGAACGAUGAACCUUUCCCUCCCCACGAUGAAAGGUAUAAGAGGGCAACGGAGUAUGCUGAUGUUGUUAAUGGAUUAUUACUUUCAACUUGGAGGGAUGAUGCUUUAAUAUAUGAUAAGGAAAAUGGAAUAUAUAUUGAUCCAGAUAGAGUUAGGGAAAUAAACCAUGUUGGCGAUUAUUUCAAGGUACGGGGACCAGCCAUAACUGAACCAUCUAAGCAAAGAGUUCCCCUUCUUAUACAAGCUGGUACUUCGCAAAAGGGACAAGAGUUUGCUGCUGAAUUUGCCGAAUUUGUUUACACCCUAGGAGACCCAGAUGAAUUGGGUGACAAGGUUAAGUACAUCAGAACAACUGCAAAAGAAAAAUUUGGAAGGGAUCCAAAGAAUAUUAAGAUUAUUUUUUCAGUUAGAGCAAUCAUUGGUAAAACUCACGAAGAAGCAGCAGCUAAAGCUGAAUCCUAUAAAGACAACGAAGUACCAGACAGGGCAGCGGUUCAAUUUGGAGGAAUCACUGGGAUUGAUCUUGAUAAGUAUGAUACCGACGAGGAAAUUGAUAAUGAUGAAAGAAACACAAAUGGAGUUCAAUCGACUGCUAGAGUAUAUUUCAAGAAAGCAAAUAAUAAACCGACUAAGAAAUCUCUCUUGCGAAAACAGCCAGGGAAUGGGCCAUUGGUUGGAACUGCGGAAGAGGUGGCGGAUGAAUUGGAAAGAUUGGUAGAGAAACUCGAUUUAGACGGAUUUAAUUUCAAUUCAGCAAUAUUGCCCGGAUCCAUUGAGGAUUUGGUUGAAUUAUUAGUACCUGAAUUACAAAAAAGAGGUAUUUUUUGGAAAGAUUAUGCUGUACCUGGAGGAACUUUUAGAGAAAAUGUAUAUGGGGUUGAAGGACAAACGUUUUUGCCCAAAGAUCAUCCUCUUUAUGAAACCAGAUGGACAAAUAGUCACAAUAAAGAAGAAUUCGAUAAGAUAUUCAAGAAGAAUUUAGAAACAAGAAAGUUUUCCAGAGCACAACUUAACAGUGCUAUUUCAUCCAAGGGAUUGAAGAGACCUGCUCCUAAUUCGUGA